GCCCUCCCCCACAGCGGGCCCCGUCUGCGCCGGGCUGUACCUCCGUUGUGGAGCAUCGUCUCGGCCCGGCCCGGCCAGCAGGCAGAUGCCCCGAGCUGCCGCCGCCGCCGCCGCCGACUCGGCUGGUGGCGGUGUGCGAGGCGGACGUGUGGCCCGGGGCCGCGGAGUGUGACCUAGGUGGCCGGGGAGGGGGCGUCGGGCGUCGGCGAUUCCGCGCGGACCAUGUAUUUCCUGAGCGGCUGGCCCAAGAGGCUGCUCUGCCCUCUGGGGAGCCCCGCCGAGGCGCCUUUCCACGUUCAGUCCGACCCUCAGCGGACUUUCUUUGCGGUGCUGGCCCCGGCCCGCCUCAGCAUCUGGUACAGCCGACCUAGUGUCCUAAUUGUAACCUACAAGGAACCUGCAAAGUCAUCUUCUCAGUUUGGAUCCUACAAACAAGCUGAAUGGAGGCCAGAUAGUACCAUGAUAGCUGUGUCAACAGUAAAUGGCUACAUCUUGUUUUUUCACAUUACAUCUGCAAGAGGGGACAAGUAUCUUUAUGAACCAGUGUAUCCCAAAGGGAGUCCACAAGUGAAGGGGACACCCCAUUUUAAGGAAGAACAAUGUGCUCCUGCAUUAAAUUUAGAUAUGAGGAAGAUACUAGAUUUGCAAGCACCCAUCAUGAGUUUGCAGUCUGUGCUGGAAGACCUGCUGGUUGCUACUUCUGACGGACUUCUUCAUCUUAUUCACUGGGAAGGAAUGACGAAUGGAAGGAAAGCCAUUAAUCUUUGCACAGUACCUUUUUCAGUGGAUCUCCAAUCAUCUAGAGCAGGCUCAUUCCUGGGCUUUACUGAUGUGCACAUCAGAGACAUGGAAUACUGUGCCACUCUUGAUGGAUUUGCUGUUGUAUUUAAUGAUGGAAAAGUUGGAUUUAUUACACCAGUGUCUAGUAGAUUUACUGCAGAGCAACUUCAUGGAGUUUGGUCACAAGAUAUUGUCGACGGGACUUGUGUUGCAGUAAAUAACAAGUAUCGACUGAUGGCAUUUGGUUGUGCAAGUGGUUCUGUGCAGGUAUUCACAAUAGAUAACACCACUGGAGCUAUGCUGCUGUCACAUAAGCUGGAGCUAACAGCAAAGCAAUAUCCUGACAUAUGGAACAAAACAGGAGCUGUUAAAUUGGUCCGAUGGUCUCCUGACAAUAGUGUUGUGAUAGUGACCUGGGAGUAUGGAGGCCUUUCUUUAUGGAGUGUGUUUGGAGCCCAGCUGAUUUGUACACUUGGUGGAGAAUUUGCUUACAGUUCUGAUGGUACCAAAAAAGAUCCCCUUAAGAUUAACUCUAUGAGCUGGGGUGCAGAAGGCUAUCACCUAUGGGUUAUCAGUGGAUUUGGGCCUCAAAAUACUGAAAUUGAAUCUGACCCGAAGAGUAUAGUUAAACAGCCUGGUAUUCUGCUAUUCCAGUUUAUUAAGAGUGUACUCACUGCAAACCCUUGUAUGAGUAAUCAAGAGCAAGUGCUGCUUCAAGGGGAGGACCGCUUGUACUUGAACUGUGGAGAGGCCUCACAAGCACAGAAUCCCAGGAAUUCUUCCACAUGCUCCGAGCGUAAAUCCAGGCCGGAGAAGAACCCAUUUGCAGAUGGCAGUUCAGAGUCUCAGGGGUUAAGCACUUUACUUGGACACCGGCAUUGGCAUGUUGUACAGAUUUCCAGCACCUAUCUAGAGAGCAAUUGGCCUAUACGGUUUUCAGCUAUUGAUAAAAUUGGACAGAAUAUUGCUGUGGUUGGCAAGUUUGGUUUUGCACAUUAUUCCUUACUCACCAAAAAAUGGAAACUUUUUGGAAACAUUACGCAGGAGCAAAAUAUGAUUGUGACAGGUGGCUUAGCCUGGUGGAAUGAUUUUAUUGUUCUUGCAUGUUAUAACAUAAAUGACCGCCAAGAAGAGCUCAGAGUUUACUUACGAACAUCAAAUUUGGACAAUGCCUUUGCUCACAUCACCAAAGCACAAGCAGAAACGUUACUACUCAGUGUCUUCCGGGACAUGGUCAUAGUAUUUAGAGCAGACUGUUCAAUAUGCCUUUACAGUAUUGAAAAAAAAUUUGAUGGCCCAAACACUACAGCAACUCUGCAGGUUCUUCAGGAAGUCUCCAUGUCACGCUACAUUCCUCACCCUUUUCUGGUUGUAUCUGUCACUCUGACAUCAGUGAGUACAGAAAAUGGAAUCACCUUGAAAAUGCCGCAGCAGGCUCGUGAUGCAGAGAGCAUUAUGCUCAACCUUGCAGGACAGCUUAUCAUGAUGCAGAGGGACCGAUCUGGCCCUCAGAUCCGAGAGAAGGACAGUAACCCUAACCAAAGGAAACUUCUGCCAUUUUGUCCUCCUGUUGUACUUGCCCAGUCUGUGGAAAAUGUCUGGACUACGUGUCGAGCAAAUAAACAAAAGCGUCACCUUCUGGAGGCCCUCUGGCUAAGCUGUGGCGGUUCAGGAAUGAAAGUUUGGCUCCCUCUCUUCCCUCGGGAUCACCGCAAGCCCCAUUCCUUUUUGUCCCAGAGGAUCAUGCUGCCUUUCCACAUCAAUAUUUAUCCGUUGGCUGUUCUGUUUGAAGACGCGUUAGUCCUCGGUGCUGUCAAUGACACUCUACUCUAUGAUUCUUUAUUCACUCGGAACAAUGCUAGGGAACAGCUGGAGGUGCUUUUCCCAUUCUGCGUUGUCGAGAGAACCUCUCAGAUCUACCUCCACCACAUUCUACGUCAGCUGCUGGUCAGGAACCUUGGGGAACAAGCCUUGCUCCUGGCCCAGUCCUGUGCCGCAUUACCUUACUUCCCUCACGUGCUGGAACUUAUGCUCCAUGAAGUGCUGGAAGAAGAAGCUACCUCACGGGAGCCCAUUCCCGACCCUCUGCUUCCCACUGUGGCGAAAUUUAUCACCGAAUUCCCCUUGUUCCUCCAGACAGUGGUCCAUUGUGCCAGGAAGACAGAAUACGCCCUGUGGAAUUAUCUUUUUGCAGCUGUUGGAAAUCCCAAGGAUUUGUUUGAAGAGUGUUUGAUGGCUCAGGAUUUGGACACAGCUGCCUCUUACCUUAUAAUCUUGCAGAAUAUGGAAGUUCCGGCAGUGAGUAGGCAGCAUGCCACCCUUCUGUUCAACACAGCCCUGGAACAAGGCAAGUGGGACCUAUGUCGACACAUGAUUCGAUUUCUUAAAGCCAUUGGCUCUGGAGAAUCUGAGACGCCUCCAUCUACACCGACAGCUCAGGAAUCCAGUUCAAGUGGUGCAUUUGAGUUCUUCAGGAAUCGGAGCAUUAGUUUAUCUCAGUCAGCCGAGAACGUUCCUGCUAGCAAAUUCAACUUACAGAAAACUCUGAGUAUGCCAUCUGGGCCUUCUGGGAAAAGAUGGAGCAAAGACAGCGACUGUGCUGAGAACAUGUACAUUGACAUGAUGCUCUGGAGACAUGCUCGGCGCCUCUUAGAAGAAGUUCGGCUUAAGGAUCUCGGCUGUUUUGCCGCCCAGCUGGGCUUUGAACUAAUCAGUUGGUUGUGCAAGGAACGUACCCGAGCCGCCCGGGUAGACAACUUUGUGAUAGCCCUGAAGAGACUCCACAAAGAUUUCCUGUGGCCACUUCCCAUCAUCCCAGUCUCUUCUCUCAGUUCUCCUUUCAAGAAUGGAAGAUACCGAUCAGUGGGAGAGCAGCUGUUAAAAUCUCAAUCAGCUGACCAUUUUUUAAACCUUGAGAUAGAUGCUGGUGUCUCUACUGUUCAACGAAGUCAGAGCUGGCUGAGCAACAUUGGCCCAACCCAUCCUGAGAUAGACACGGCCUCAUCCCCUGGACCACAAAUGCAAGAUGCCUUCCUAUCACCUCUCUCCAACAAAGGUGAUGAAUGCAGUAUUGGUUCAGCCACAGACUUGACUGAAAGUAGCUCCAUGGUGGAUGGGGACUGGACAAUGGUGGAUGAAAAUUUCUCUACUCUCAGUUUAACUCAAUCAGAGCUUGAGCACAUUUCAAUGGAGUUGGCAAGUAAAGGGCCUCACAAAUCCCAGGUCCAGCUUCGGUAUUUGCUACACAUCUUUUUGGAAGCAGGGUGCCUGGACUGGUGCAUUCUCAUAGGCUUGAUUCUUAGAGAAUCCUCAGUAAUCAACCAAAUUUUGGUUAUUAUCCAGUCUUCAGAAGUAGAUGGAGAAAUGUUACAGAACAUAAAGACAGGACUGCAUGCAGUAGACCGGUGGGCCUCUACAGAUUGCCCUGGAUAUAAGCCAUUUUUAAAUAUCAUUAAGCCACAACUGCAGAAGCUCAGUGAAAUAACAGAAGAGCAAGUUCAGCCUGAAGCCUACCAGCCUGUAAGUUCGGGUAAGACUCCUGAGCAGACCAGCCCGCGGGUAGAGGAGAGCAGAAGCUCCUUGGGCCAUGGAAACAUCCCCCAGGGUGAAGUUGGAAGUAGCAGUACCAUCGGCCGCAAAGAGGAGGACAUGACUGGAGCGGAGGAGGAGGCUUUUCAGGAUGGGACCUAUGACUGCUCUGUGUCCUAGCAGCGGUGAGCUCCACGGGCAGUAUUAACUCGAAGUAUGCAACUGAGGACGCUGUGUGUGAUCUAGGUGGAUAUUUAACCAGGGAAGAGAAUUUAGUGCAGAAACCCUGGUAAAGUAUUAUCAAACUUUCACCAACUUUUUCUCCUUUAAGGGAUCUCUGAGUUUAUAAAAAUGUAACAUCAAGUAAAUCACCAUUCAUUAGAGAAAUAUUUUAACUAUAGUGAAAAUAAUAAAGAAUAUUGUACAGAUGUAUACAAGAAUAUUUUGGUUUUCUUCAUAAAGGUUGGUAGCUCUUAAUCCUCAGUGAUUAUUUUGUCCCAGGUGAGCUUACCUUUUCUGUCUAGCUUCUUACAUGUUUUCUGGUUCAGCGUGUGUCCAGACUGCUUUGUUUGCAAAUAAAUGCCGAGGUAUUUGCUGUAGCUCAGCAGGACCUUGAGCUACAUGUGUGCCCUGCAGAUGAGAGCUCUGGACACCCUCAGGGGCCUCCCGAGUAGAUGUGCCGGCAUGUGUGGUGUGACGGGGUCUUGCUUUUUGGCUUUUUGUGCCUGCUAAACCCCAGUCCUGCGGGAAAGACGGUAGUUAACCUGUGAAUCAGUGUGUGCUUUAGCAAGCUUGAUUCCCAUUAGCUCAGCGUGGGCAGAGGUCUAAAAGGUUCCAAUUAAUUGUGCUGUUAGAUACCACUAUUUUGUAUCAAAGAACUGUAUCUUUUUGUGAAUACUGGGUGUAAAUAGACCCAAAGGCAUUAUUCAUAUUUUUUAAGGCUUAUAUUAUAAUUUGUAAGAUUUCUGGAUUCUGCAUGGCUAGAGAUACCCUUGGAAUAAAAAUUAGGGCUUGCUCUUCUUUCCAAAAAUGAAGAUUCAUCAUAAAGGAAAGUAGACUUAUUGGUUUGUUCAUCAAGUAACCAAGAAUGGUAACACCAAUCAUGAAAUGAAACAGGUUUUGUGCAAAGUAAUGUAGUUUCUUAUUUAUUGCUUUUGUAAAUUGAAUAAAAAGUGGACUUCUAUGUAAAUAGACUGUCAAACUCAAUUGUAUUAUCACGGCUACUAAAAUUAAUCUGUAAAGAAUGCAUUCUUCAUUGUAACUUUUAAAGUAUUUUAUGUAUUUUUAGAUGACUUAAAUUUUAGUUUUCAUACAUUAUGAAAACAAAACUGCAUAUUCCCUGCUUCUGACUAAACACAUAUCCAGUGUAUGUACUUCUAAUUACUUAUUACAGUAUUAAUUUAGAUAGCUUGUUUGUAUUGUGCAAUUUGAACAAAGGAAUGCAAUGUUAUUUUUUACAAAAACAAACUUGUUUAUUUUUAUAAUAACGAUGUAUUGAUGUGGACCAAAUUUGUACCACUGUGUAAAAUAGCCUCUCUUCUCAUAGUGCAAUUACAAUUUAGAAAUAAAACUUGGUCCUCUUUUCUUCUUAAGGUGACCAGAUUUAAAUGUCCUAGUCAGGUUUCCUUUGAAGGAAAAUUCAAAACCAGUUUGAAAUUGCAUUAUUCAAAAUUCAUCAAACUGUUUUAAAAUUACUCAGUUUGGUAGUUCACUGAUAUUUACUUUUUACAUUACAAGUGCAAUAACUUCACAUACUAAACUCUAGGAUGGGUGGAAUGUGAUUUUUGGUACCUGGUCCUUAUGGUGCUACUUUUAUUUUAAGUCUUUGUUUUAAACCACCUUACCCUGAAUCUAAGAUAGAAGAUGAUGUUUACCAUGUGAGUUCAUGCAGCCCAGCAAGUUCCUCUCCUGGCCUGGUCUAUGAGGAGAAGAACCAGUGUUAUUCCGUGUUUGGUAUAAAUAUUCAGUCAAUAAAAAUUAUUUUCCAUUGUAAGUAGCUGUUAUCUUUUCAAAUAUUUUGAUUUUCUGAUCUUGUCAUUCUGGAUAGCAGGUUACCAAUAAGUUAACUAUAUUUUGGGAUUAAGAGCCUAUGUAAUUCUUUUCUUCUAUAAAAAUAACUGUUUUCAACCCACAGGAAUUCUUAUUCUCCAAGGCAAAAAAACUGGGACAUGAAAAAAUUUUCUGUUUGGUAGUAUGUUCUUAUGUUUGUCUUGUUUGGUUCGUAACUGUUUAAGCCAUAAUUUGACCAAUGAAUUUAAAUAAGUAUAAUUAUUUGAAGUUUACUAGAUACAUUUAAAUUAUUUGCUGAUACCAAAAGUAGUAGUCAUUUGGGGAUUGAGUCAACUUUUGCUUGUAUUUAAACUUGCUGCUGCUUCUGUAAUGUGUAUAUUUUUUAUGUGGUAAAGGGCAAUAAAAUCAUUACAUAACCUUUGUUUA